AUGAAGCAGACAGUUGUCAUGUACCCCGGCUGCGAUGUCGGUCAUGCCGGCCCCAUGACGGAGCUCGCCAACGUCUUCCUCAAGCAUGGCUACCAUGUCACCAUGGUGCUUGUCGAGCCGCCCUUCAAGUCGUCCGACUCCGGCGCCACCGCCAUCAAGCGUAUUGCCGCCUCCAACCCGUCCAUCUCCUUCCAUGUCCUCCAGGCACUCCCUCUUCCAGACAUGUUUGCCUCCGGCAAACACCCUUUCCUACUCAUUCUCCAGCUCUUGCGCGAUUACAACGAGCUGCUCGAAGCCUUCCUCCGCUCCUUGCCCCAGGAAAGCUUGCACUCUGUUGUCAUUGACAUGUUCUGCAGCCACGCUCUCGAUGUCUGCGUUAAGCUCGGUAUCCCGGUAUACACGUUCUUCGCCUCAAGCGCGUCAUGUCUGUCUAUCCUGACCCAGUUUCCUGCAUUGAUAGCCAGCAGGCAGACCGGCUUGAAGGAAAUUGGGGACACACCGCUUCAUUUCCUCGGUGUUCCGCCGAUGCCGGCAUCUCAUCUCAUCAAAGAGCUACUGGAGCACCCGGAGGAGGAGAUGUGCAAGGCAAUGACCAGCACCUGGAAGCGCAACACUGAGACGAUGGGCGUUCUUGUGAACACAUUCGAGUCGUUGGAGACCCGGGCGGUGCAGUCACUCAAGGACCCUCUCUGUGUCCCUGGCCGGAUCCUGCCUCCGAUAUACUGCGUCGGCCCGUUGGUUGGCAAGGGCUCCAAGGAUGACAACGGAGCGGCGAGCAAUGAGUGCCUUAAGUGGCUGGAUUUGCAGCCGGAACGCAGCAUCGUGUUCCUCUGCUUCGGAAGCAUGGGCACGUUCUCCGUGGAGCAGCUCCAGGAGAUAGCCGUUGGCCUAGAGAGGUCCGGACAACACUUCCUAUGGUCUGUGCGCACGCCGGCCGGAAGCCAUGACCCGGAGAAAUACUUGGAGGUGCGUCCAGAGCCGGAUCUCCACGCGCUCAUGCCAGAGGGGUUCCUAGAGCGGACCAAGGACAAGGGCCUCGUCAUCAAGUCGUGGGCGCCGCAGGUGGACGUACUCCGGCACCGUGCGACUGGUGCAUUCGUUACGCACUGCGGCUGGAACUCGGUGCUAGAGUCCGUGGUGGCGGGCGUCCCAAUGUUGUGUUGGCCGCUAGAAGCGGAGCAGAAGAUGAACAAGGUGUGUAUGUUGGAGGAGAUGAGCAUCGCGGUGGAGCUGGAUGGGUACAUGGGGGGUUUUGUGAAGGCGGACGAGGUGGAGGCCAAGGUGAGGUUUGUUAUAGAGGGUGCAGAUGGCAGGCAGCUAAGGGCGCGGGUGGCUGCUCGCAAAGAAGAGGCCAGGGCGGCAAUGGAGGAAGGGGGCUCGUCACGACUCACGAGCAUCCUUCCUCCAGUUUCUGUUGGAUGUGGAGAAUAUCGGAGUGCAGAUUGGUGA